AAUAAUAAAAAGAAGGACCAAAGUCAAUCCUGCCCAGCCCUCGGGACGCUGCUGCAGCAGGACGGGGCUGGGGCUCUGCAUGUGACAGGGACUUGCAGCAAAACAUCUGCCUGAGGUGUUGGUUGCCAGCGCCCGUCAAGAUCUCACUGAGGAGAUUAGUCGUGGCUGUGCCAUGAUCUCUGCUGUGCUCCUCCUCUGGACUGUGCCCUGUGUGGCAAACCACAUCCUCGGGGGCUUUGCCAAGAGAGAGCUGCAGGAAGGUCCCCAGCUGGCCUGCAGCCUGCCAGGACCCCCAGGGCCUCCCGGCCCCCCUGGCGUGCCUGGAACUCCAGGGACUGUCGGCAGGAUGGGCUUCCCAGGAAAAGAUGGCAAGGAUGGCAAGGACGGGGAUAAAGGCGAGCACGGAGAUGAAGGUCCACAAGGCAGAACAGGAAACCCUGGCAAGCCAGGACCGAAGGGGAAAGCAGGAGCCAUUGGCAAGGCAGGCCCACGAGGGCCCAAGGGUCUGAAGGGUAAUCCUGGGAAAAGUGGGGCACCAGGAAAGAAAGGACCCAAAGGGAACAAGGGCGAGGUUGGGAUGCCGGGACCCUGCACCUGUAACACCAACAAAGCCAAAUCUGCCUUCUCUGUGGCGGUCUCCAAGAGCUACCCAAGGGAAAGGCUGCCCAUCAAAUUUGACAGGAUCCUGAUGAAUGAGGGAGGACAUUAUAAUGCUUCCAGUGGGAAAUUCGUGUGCAGCAUCCCAGGUAUUUACUACUUCACCUACGACAUCACUUUGGCCAACAAACACUUGGCCAUUGGCUUGGUCCACAACGGGCAGUACCGGAUCAAGACUUUCGAUGCCAACACUGGGAACCACGAUGUUGCCUCUGGGUCAACCAUCCUUUCUCUGAAGCAGGAGGAUGAGGUAUGGCUGCAAAUCUUUUACUCGGAACAGAACGGGCUCUUUUAUGAUCCCUACUGGACAGACAGCUUAUUUACUGGAUUCCUGAUAUAUCCCGAUCAAGAUUAUCUCAAUGAAAUAUAGGAUGAGAAACCAGACUGGGGGAAAAAGUAGGAAAUGUCUGAGGUCUCAAUCCAGCAGAGUGUGGCCUGUACAUGGACAUGUCUGGGAUUACCAGAGAAUUCCACAACUUUGACUUUAACAGCCUGUAUUGGCUGUUUAGAUAUUUACUUGAUGUCAUCAACAAGUCCAAAGGGCACCAGGACUUCUUUAGCAGCCUCAUGAGUCUCUCCAUUUCAAAGCCAUCCAUUAUGUUUUCCAUGAUUAUUCAACAUGCUAUGGACAUGUAACUCAAAUACUGGUGCAGAAUACUUUGAUUAUUACAUUUAUUACAAUAAAGCAUGGAAACCAACAAAACCAAGGCCUCAGCUGGACUGUGAAGGUC